AUGGAAGCAUUGCAAGACAGGGUUGUGGGGGGGAGUGUCGCCAAACCUCAUGCUUGGCCCUGGCAGAUCUCCCUUCAGUACCUGUCACGUGGUUCGUACUACCACAACUGUGGAGGUUCUCUGGUCAGGAGAGGCUGGGUGAUGACAGCUGCCCACUGUGUGUCUAUUUUCGGGGUGUGGCGAGUGGUUCUUGGAGCUCAAAAGAUCACUGCCAAUGAGCCAACACAGCAGGUGGUCAGGGUGACCAACAUCUACAUACACCCUAACUGGGACCCCAACAAUGCUUCCAGUGGGGAUGAUAUUGCUCUGCUUCGUCUUUCCUCCAAUGUUACCCUCAACUCCUACGUGCAGCUGGCUUCUCUACCCACACCAGGACAGAUCCUGCCCAACAACAACCCCUGCUACAUCACAGGCUGGGGCAGCACCCAGAGUGAGAAUAAUCAAGCAGCCCUUUACCAGUGUUAA